UCAAUUGUCAUUUUUUUGCUGUCACGAGCCGGUCGGUGAGCGAGCAAAUUGAUCAAAAUUUUGUUGUAGCCUUUUCCUUUGUGCUUGUUUACGAACACAAACACCGUUGUUGUGAAAUAUGACAGAAAAAAGUACUUUUAAAUUGGUCUCAACCACAAAAGCAUCAAAUGUAAUACCGGUGAAUAAGUACGUGUCGAAAAAGACCGGUAUCACCGUUAUCAUUGCUGAUGUCGGGGGUCCACUUGUCAACGGAUUCUUCUGUUUUGCGACGGAAGCACACGAUGACGAUGGCCUACCGCAUACGUUGGAGCACCUCAUUUUUCUGGGUUCUGAGCGAUACCCUUACAAAGGAAUUUUGGAUUUACUCGCCAAUCGUUGCCUGGCACAUGGCACGAACGCGUGGACCGAUACUGACCACACUUGCUAUACAAUUUACACAGCUGGAUCAGAAGGGAUGUUGACCUUACUGCCAAUCUAUUUGGACCAUAUCUUGCGGCCAACGUUGAGCGAGGAAGGCUUUAUUACUGAGGUGCACCACAUUGAUGGUGAAGGGGAGGACGCUGGUGUUGUGUACUGUGAGAUGCAGGGCCGUGAAAACUCGGCUGACAGCAGAUGCGAGUUGCAAUUAUUGAGAGCUAUGUACCCCAACAGCGGCUAUUCUUCAGAGACUGGUGGUAUUAUGAAGAACCUCAGAACUUCAACCAAUAAUGUCAAAGUAAGAGCAUUCCACAAGAAAUUCUACAGACCAGAGAACCUAACUAUAAUCUUGACUGGUCAGAUAGACGCACAAGAUGUUUUCAAGGCUCUUGAAGUUGUUGAGACUGACAUGCUGGCAAAGAUAGAAAAGGAUCCCUUAGAGAACUGGGUAAAGCCCUGGACGACUAUCCCUCCCAGUCCUACCUAUGGACAGUACAACGUAGAAUGGCCGGCAGACACAGAAGAUAAUGGUCAGGUAAGCUAUUUAGUGGUGGUAGCUCGGUGGGAAAACAGUGGCUUCUCAAAUGAGAGGGUGACGGUCCGAAUCCACUCAUUCAGAGUGCAAACGGGCGCGGCUGCCGUGUUUGCUUUCCAGCGCCCACCCCCACCAGGUACGAUAGGUUCUGUACCAGUACCUUCGGCGACCAGUCUCAAGUGCUAUGAGAUCAACACAUGGAGCACAGACGGGACGCCAUGCCCGCAUUUCGAUCUUAAAGAUGUCCCCAUCUACGCUAGGGUCCAUAGUUUGAAGACGAAUUUCGUUUACAUGAAUUUAAUGCUAGACACAACGGGCAUAGACGAAAAGACUCGCAAAUGGCUGCCGCUGCAAAUGAACGGCCUCGCCGAGUGCCCUGUGUGGCGUGGCAACACUCUAGUCCCCCACGAAGAAGUUAUAUCUACCAUGGAACAGCUGAUCGUUGGAUUCAGGAACAGUAUAGGCGUUGGAAAGUCGGGCAACUUCACCGUUGGUUUCUUUGAGUAUUUGAUUCAUAUCGAGGCGAGAUGCGAACCCACGGACUACGAGAAAGUGGUGAACUAUCUCUACGAGGUUCUUUUCAAGGCUGAGUUCAACAAAGAAAGACUGCUCGUUUUCGCACAGAGGCUGAUCAACGAAGUUUCGCAGAUCCGCAGGAAUGGCCACAAAAUAGUAUACGACACGCUUCGCGAUUCCGUGUACACGAAAGACAGCAACCAGCAUUGGGCCUUUGUGUUGAGGCAGCAAAACUUCCUGAAGGAGAUUAUCGAAGAUUUAAAUGCUGGCGGUGCGAAAACAGAGGCGGUAAUAGCCGACGCGAAGGCAGCUUACAAGAAACUCACAAAUAACUUAUGGCUCCACAUGGCAGCAAACCUGGAACAGCACAAGCUGGCCACAGAACCCUGGAAGCAGUUCGCGCCGAAGAACCAGGGAGUACCGCCUGCUCCACGCAUCACUUUCGACGCCGAGCUGAUGUCGGGCUGGGGAGGCGGCUUCGUGCUGGGCGUGGGCGGCGUCGAGUCAUCCUUUGUGACGCAGCUCAGCCCGGGGCCGCUUGGGUACACGCCGCGGGACCUGGCUGCACUGCUCGUCGCCAUCAACUAUUUCACGCAGCUCGAGGGUCCAAUGUGGCGGCUGAUCCGCGGCUCAGGCCUCGCGUACGGGUACAACGUGCGCCCCUCGCCGCACGAAGGGCGCAUCGUCUUCUCACUCUACAAGGCCACCAACACAGUUCCCGCCUACACCAAGGCUAAGUCCAUCAUUGAGGACUUCUUAAAUGAUAGCAAAUUUGACGAUGAUUUGUUCGAGUCCGCAAAGAGCACGGCGCUGUUCGAAGUGGUGGAAAAUCAGAAAUGUCCAGCCGAUGUAGUUGCCCAGUCGCUGGUCAACUUUCUUCAGCGCAGCGGUGAAACUUAUAGCAGGGACCUGGUGCAAGCAAUAGCAGCGGUAACUCCGCAGGCAGCGCACGCGGCAUCGGCUCGGUGGCUGCCCACGCUCUUCGACCCCGCACAGGGCAAGAUCGCGGUCGUCUGUCACCCCUCCAAAGUCAACGACAUCCGAGCACAGUUCCAGAAAAUCAAUGUUGAAUUAGACGCAUUCGAGUCCAUGGAAGCAUCCCAUUUCAACAAAUGAGUCCAAAAUAACAAUAUACGUACAAUUAACUAGUAAGCAUUUACAGUAGAAAUGGAGUUCUCUAGUUUGUAUAAGCAUUAGUGUAAAGUUUUGAUAGUUUGUUAUUGUAAGUGAUAAAUUUUAUUAUAUUUUAUGACUUUUUGUGUGGCUGUGCCUUCGAAACAAUCUGCUGCAUAAUACGAAUAUGAAAUUAUAUCUAAUUAAGACAAAUUUUUAUGAUGUAAUAUUUUAAUCACAUACAUCUUAAAGCUAUGUCUAUACAAAAAAAUAUAACUUACAUAUUUAGUCAGAUAUUUAGUGAACAUCAUAAUAAAUCAUCUCACAACCGCUGCAACACCUCCAGCAUAAAAUUCAUCCCAUCUAUAGAAUAAUAUCAAAUUGUUCAACAUUUUUCCAUAAUUUUUCAACAGCUAUAUUUCUAUCCUCAACAAUUUCCUGUGUAUGUGUAGGCAGAUUCAACGCCUUUUGCAUUUGCCA